AUGGCUCAAGGAGAGAAGCUGUCAAUCAUUGGUGAUCAUGCAAGGGUCGAUGAGAAGGAGUACAUGAGUUUAGUAGGUUGCUUGCUCUAUUUAACAGCAACCAUACCUGACUUGAUGCAUGCUGUAAGUUUGCUGGCAAGGUUUAUGCAUUACUGUAAUGUAGUGAAUUUCAAGGCUGCCAAGAGGGUGCUGAGAUACAUUAAAGGAACUUUGAAGUUUGGUAUGCUAUUUAAGAAAGAAGAGAAGCUGAAUCUGGUUGGUUACUCAGACAGCGAUUGGGCUAGUUGUAUUGAUGAUAUGAAAAGCACUUCAGGGUACUUUUUCACUCUUGGCUCGAGUGUGUUUUGCUGGUGUUCAAAGAAGCAAUGA